CUGUGUAGUCCAAGGAGGUUGGAUGCAUAAUUAUGACCAUUUUCCAUUUCUAGCUACCACCAACGACUCAAACCCGUAUCAAGUGCCAACUUUUUCAUACUGUUGACCUCGGCCGCACUGAUGAUCACGGUGAAUACUUUUAUGUUUAUCAUAGAACCAUCACUUGGCCGGCUGCCGCUGCAGGUGGUUGCGAUUCAGUUUAUUUUGGAAGUUUACGUGUGCUGCCACCUGUUUGAUAAGUUGGAGAAAAUGAACAACAAAAUUGCCCGCUACGUAUACGUCAUCGAUUGGUUCAACGUUCUACCAAGGGAUGAAGCCAACAUGAUACAGGGCAAAUGUCGGAAGUCAAUAUUGCAAAAUGCUCUGCUGCUACAACGCCAGGUUCAUGGAGGAUUCAAGGUUCGGGCUGGUGGAAUGUUUGAUCUUAAUUUGGUCACAUUUGCCAAUUUAAUUAAUUUGGUUUACUCAAUGCUAACGUUUUUGCUGAAAAUGUACUAAAUAUGAUGCUGUGUCAAACUUUAUAACUAAAAUAAGAUGGAAAAAUUACAUUCACAAUUAAUUGAAUAAAAUGAAAACAAGCUUUACCAAGCUACCCAAUGCAUGAUUUCUCCUUUGAAUGGUUUGACCUCUGCUGACAAGUCUGCACUCAUUCUCUGUCCCGCAUCCCACUCGGCAACAGCACCAGCCGCUUCAGUCAACCGACCGUCAAUUGAGUCCGCGCCCGAGUUAUUAACGGUAAUUGAUUGAAUCUUGAUUUCCGCAGUGUGUAUAUAAGACGCUGCGCUUGACACAGACCGUCGCUAGUCCCGCGAAACAUCGGCACCGUUCUGGUUGGUACGGAUUCCUUCUGGCUGAGUGGACUGUGAUAUCCAGGUGAACCACGCACAUUGAGUUCAGUUCAGUGAACACUUUGACCGCACAUUUCCUGCACCUGACUGAUUUGGGUUAUGUUGUCUUAGUGCGUAACGACGUGGUUGAAGUGUAAUGCUAGUGCUGAAAGGUCGUAGGAAGAUUUGGGCUCACCAGAAGAUGGCCAAGACCGGCGGAAGGGUUUCCCGGUACGGGCUGUGGACUGUGUACUCGCUGUUGCUGUUCAAGUGCACGUUUGGUCUGCUGCCGGGUAGUGACGGAUACGAUAGCAGCGAUUCCAGCGCUUCCGUGGAGGAAACCGUUCUGAAGUACGAUAACAACCUUAACGUAUCGCAGCACUUCAAGUCGUUGAACGACAAGCAGCUUGGUGUGCAUCGGCGGCAC